CGCGUGUCUCUUUUACGUUCAGUUAAUCAGCAGAUUGGACGCAGGUGUGCGUUUACCGAGCAAGUUUUAACCCGGCAUAUAAUGCGAAGUUAGGCACUCAGAGCCUAGACGUUCUUUUAUAAACUUUGAACCCACAUGUUUUGAUUCAGGAUGUUUGCCUGGUUUUUUGUUUUUGUUUUUGUUUGUGCUUCGGCCGCCGAACAAACCAUGACCGGGGAGCCCCGACGUGUUCCGGUUAACGACACCAGGGUUUUGACGGCAGCUCACUUUGCUGUGGCUGAAUUCAACAAAGUCAACGCAGGAGAGAUGUUCGCUUAUAAAACUGUGGCGAUAACAUCGGCUAAAAUUCAGGUAGUUGCGGGAAUAAAGUACAUUCUGGACAUGCUGCUGGGGCAGACUGUGUGCAGCAGAAACCACGCUGCUGCGGACAGCGAGCCAUGUGCUUUCCAGUCUAGACGCAAGGAGUACCAGUGCCACUUCGUCGUUGUAGAAGUCUCCUGGGAGAAAUCACGUGUUCUCUCUAAAAAUGAGUGCCACCAAAAUAAAAGCUAAUACACUCAUACUGUCA